GGAAACGGCUCUUUCUUCCCCGGUGUACAUUCUGCCUCUCUCUUGUUAGAGCACUGAGCCUUUUGUUUUACAAUUUCCACGAACUUCUUUUCACUUGAUUUAUUUUUUUAUUCUUUCAUUGAUUUUUUCUUUAAUUUUUUGAUUUUAUUCUUGAGGGCCAUAUCUUUUAGUGAAGCUUUUUGUGCUUUGUUUGUAAAAAGGAAGCCAGUUUUAGAGAGAGAGAGAGACAAGAAAACGGCUAAAUUUGCUGCAUCUUUGGCUGUGGAGAAGCGGAGAUCGAGGCAGGAAGAGGUUGUUUUGGAGUGGGAGACUUUACAGUUUUGCCCAUUUGUCAACCGAUUUUUGUGGGGGGACCUUUUGGUCAUUUAGUGAUUGCUGAUCUGGUUUUUGGAGAAGUUGCAGAAGUGGGGUUUUUAGAUUGGUGGAAUUUGAAUAGAAAUACCUGGUUGGGGAGAUUCAGAAGGGGGAAAAAGGAGAAAGUCAAAACAAUCGAGUGAAAAGAAGAGAAGCAGAAUGUGGUGGAUGAUGAGUGAAAAUGGUGGACAUUACUGCUCCAAGAAGACUGAUGAUAUCUGCGGUGAUGUGUGUGGACAGGACUCGGGCCGAGUUUUGAGCAUGUCCAGAAUCCGCUGCAUCCUACGUGGCAUUGAUUUAAAGACCAUUUUAUUUCUAUUAAUCCUCGUGCCAACUUGCGUGUUUGGUAUUUAUGUGCAUGGGCAGAAGAUCUCAUACUUCCUGAGGCCAUUAUGGGAAAAACCGCCAAGAAGCUUCAAUGAAAUGCCUCAUUAUUAUCAUGAGAAUGUGUCCAUGGAGAAUCUCUGCAAGCUCCAUGGUUGGAAGAUUCGUGAGUUUCCUAGGCGUGUUUAUGAUGCAGUGUUGUUCAGCAAUGAGCUGGAUAUCCUCACAUUACGAUGGAAAGAAUUGUACCCUUAUGUCACACAGUUCAUUCUUCUUGAAUCUAAUUCAACAUUUACUGGUAGUGAAAAGCUUCUCUAUUUUGCCAAUCAUCGAGAUGAGUUCAAAUUUGUUGAAUCCAGAUUGACUUAUGGAACUGUUCGAGGGAGAUUUAGGAAAGGAGAGAACCCCUUUAUUGAGGAGGCAUAUCAACGAGUAGCUCUGGAUCAGCUUAUUAAAGUAGCGGGGAUUUCUGAUGAUGACUUGUUGAUAAUGUCAGAUGUAGAUGAAAUACCAAGCAGGCAUACUAUAAAUCUCUUGAGAUGGUGUGAUGACAUACCUUCAAUUCUUCACCUUCGACUGAAGAAUUAUCUCUAUUCUUUUGAGUUUCUCGUGGAUAGUAAUAGCUGGAGAGCUUCAAUCCACAGAUAUCAGACAGGCAAGACAAGGUAUGCACAUUAUCGCCAGGCGGAUGACAUUUUGGUAGAUGCAGGGUGGCAUUGCAGCUUUUGCUUUCGCCAUAUAAGUGAGUUCAUAUUCAAGAUGCGAGCCUACAGCCAUCAUGAUAGAGUCAGAUUCAAGCAUUUUUUGAACCCUGAAAGAAUCCAGAGAAAAAUCUGCGAGGGUGCUGAUUUGUUUGAUAUGCUUCCAGAGGAGUACACAUUCAAGGAAAUCAUUGGAAAGAUGGGGCCAAUUCCUCACUCUUACUCAGCUGUUCAUCUUCCAUCGUAUCUAUUACAAAAUGCUGAUAAAUAUAAAUAUCUCUUGCCUGGGAAUUGCAUGAGAGAAAGUGGGUAACCUUCUUAGAUGACUUUCACUAUCUGUUUCUGUAAAGCUUAGGCAAGGUGCAGCUUGUGCGACUCCUUAUGAAGGUCCAAGCGAACAUGUGACAACUGCCAUAUGUCACUUGUGCAGUCGAGCUAAAUUAGGGAAAUGUUUGAAGAUGUGGGAGGAUUCUUGGAUUUUCUAGGGGUCAAUUUCUGUAUAUAGUUUUAUUCUGGAUUUGGUUUUUUAUUCAAGGCAGAACAUAUCCAUUUGACCUGGUGGGCAACUUGCAGUGAUGCUAACGGCCCAGGUUUUUACUUGAGUGUUUGUGCUUAGCAUGGAUAGAAAACUUAAUUCUCCAAGUAUUCUAGAUAAUAGUUUUUAGGUUCUGAUUUCUCCCUAUAGGGGAAGUUUUGUUAUGAGACCAUUUAUUCUUGUAUGUCAUUAACACCAUUAUUCAUUUUAUUUGAUUGCAUUUUGAUCUGC